AUGAGCUCCGAUUCACCUUCUAAGACUGCCAAUCCCUCUGUUGGGAGAAGGUCUGUCUCGGCCAAUGGAAAGAUCAAUUAUGCGGUGGACGAUGAAGACCUAGAACUCAGAGACGAUGAAAAGGAUGAAGACUACAACGAAGAUAUGCCUGACGACGAUGACAAUGACGACGAUAACCUCGACACUGAGAAUGAGAGGUCCAGAAACUCUACCAGCGCUAAUAGGCCAAUUAUGCAGGAGACUGUUCUUAGUGCAUCUCGACUUCCUGCACAACCUAGACGGGGGAGACCUCCCAAACGUAAGAAUACAGCAGUUGACACAACUUUGCCGAUCAUUGACAACUCGAAGAUAGAAGGAGCUAAUAACAGCAAAACCCCGAAAAGACCGCACCUGUCAUUUCCUGUUGACGAAAAUGGUGAACCCGUACCCGUUGUCAACGACGAAUACGCGCUUCCUGACGACGCCGAGGGCGAUACCAAGAUUAAUAGAGACGGAGAUUUGCUGGGAGGACGGCAAUUCUUGGUGAGGACUUUUACCGUAACUACACGAGGCGAGCGUAAAUUUAUGCUUUCGACGGAGCCUGCGCGAGCCGUGGGGUUCAGAGACUCGUAUCUCUUUUUUCAGUACCACCCGAACUUGUACAAAUUGACGAUAUCGCAGGACGAAAGAAACGACUUGAUCCACAGAGGCGUAAUACCGUACUCGUACCGAACCAGGACUAUCACGCUUGUUGCUGCCAGAGGUGUGUACAAAGAGUUCGGAGCAAAAAUCAUUGUCGAUGGGAAAAACAUCACGGACGACUACUAUGCGCAGAGACUGCGUGACGAGGGCCGCGUGGUAGAGGGCUCUUAUGCGCGUGAGCCUCCUGCUGCUCUCCGCGGAUCGGGCGUCGAUGGAUACAAAUUCACCAGAUCUGGGAUCAAUCCGUCCAAGAACGCCGUUGAUUUCUUCGACAAGCGCAACCACAACAUUCCUCCAAGCAGCAACAUCAGCUCCACGAACUGGCUCUACCAGCAUGCUGCAGCCUGCAGUAGAUUCAACAGUGACUUGUUCUACGACAGAGAAAGAGUGCUUUUGAUCGAACAUCAAGGUCUGCGGGACCCCUACACCAACACUUUGCAUCUCCCACAGUCCACACAAUCGACACAAGUCUUAACUUAUGUGCAAAAUACCAACCAGAAACCGGCAGACAGAGCCGUCGUCUACGAAACCAUCAUAGCAGACAAAGAUCUAACACGCAGGUGUAUUGGAAUCAAAAAUGUGUCGCUUGAUGUUUUUGAAGACGUUGUUGACGACGAUGUCAAGCUGGCAAUACUGGAACAGCAGCAGUUCGAGAAGAACCUAAACUAA